GCAAUUGUUGGGACAACAUUUAUCUGGCUUAGGUUUGGAAGACUUAAGUGGUUUAGAGAAGCAACUAGAAACGAGCCUGCAUAACAUUCGACUAGCAAAGGACCAACUUACGAUUGAUGAAAUUGAAGAGUUCAAUAAGAAGGGAAACCUCGUACACCAAGAAAAUGUUGAGCUGCACAAGGAACUAAAUAUCAUUCAUCAAGAGAAUAUAUAUUUGCAAAGCAAGCUAAAUGGGCAGCGAGAAGCAAAUGGGGCGAUUACAAGUUCUUCUAGCCAGUGCAGCAUUGCUGCUCGAGAUGGUGCAAAUCUAGUUCGUUUGGAACUCAGCAAACCACAUCAUGCGGAAAAGGAUGAGGAACCAGAAUCAGCAAGACUGGG